AUGGCAUACUAUUCUUUGACUGACGUCCCUUCCAACUUCAAGGAGGGUAUUGACUGGUUGCUCGCCCUGAAGGGAGAUGAUCCUCACCACUACUUGCAGGCCAUGGGUACCGCACUUCACGAUCUCCUCUCACGCCAUUAUGUUGGCUUUACGCGGUUGCCAGCUCUCGAGAAAAUUAAACUUAUAUCUCGGAAGUUCUUGGAGGAAGGUGGCCUCAAAGGGCAGCCAUUCGUAAAAGAACUGCUGGAACGAUACAAGGCACCCAUGAGCAAAAACCCUGAACAGCUAGCUAAGGUCUUUAGCCGUGUCGACGAGAGCGAUUACAAGAAUGUCGAAGCCAGCCUAGAUGCACAGAAAGAAGGACCACAUUCUGACGCAGCGAAUCGUUUGGGGAAGAUGUUUAAAGCACUAGGUUACGAAGAGCGGGACUGCAUCGAUGGCCUGAAGGCUUCAGAUAUCCGCAAGGCCUUGGAAGGUGUGAACAAACAAAUAUUGGCAAUAGUUUACAACAUCGCUGGAUUCUGGGCUUUCUACUGA